AUGUGGUAUUCUCAAUUAUCAUGUUCAGAUAUUUUUGUUUGUACAGCUAUUUUAUGUUUAAAUUCGAAUUUUUUACAAUAUUCAUUUUUUAAUAUAACAAAAUGUACACCAUCAUCACUUAAUUUAAAUUCAAAUCUACAUUUAAUACCUCAAUAUAAUAAUAAUCAUUCAUAUAUUAAACAGAAAUAUUUUCCUAAUGGUUUUAUUUGUUCAUAUUGUACACAAAAAAAUUUUAUAAAAUAUAAUUCAAAUAAAUUUUAUAAAUGUUCAAAACAAUUGACAAAGAUUGAAUUAAGAUAUUAUUGUCAAUAUUCAUUUCUAUAUAGAAAAAAAGAAAAUACUUGUCAAUGUUUAUCAACAAAUAAAACUAUUCAACCAAUUAAUAAUUGGGUCAAAGCUAUAAUUAAACUUGGUAAAAGUCAUAUGAAUCCAAUUCGAGUUAAUAAUAUAAAUCAAUCAUCUUCAACUUUUGUAUAUUAUCUAAUUGGUUUUAUUAUUUUACUUAUUUUGUUGGGCGGUAUUAUUUCAAUAAUAUUUUAUUGUAUUAAAUUAAAAUUUUUUCAACUAUGA